AGGGGAUCAGUCAUCUAGCCAGCUCAAGGAGAAGUGGGCGACAGGAGCCAGAGGAGUGAAACCUACAGCCAGGCAGACAGAAAGUGAGAGGGAACGGGAGUCGUGGGACGUGAGGUGAAAAUGGCACAGCGUCUGCGUUUGUACUUUGGCUCAGGCCGCAGUAAUACAGCCCCGGAGAUACUGGAGGGAGACUCUGAGGAGCGGCAGGGAGACAGUGACGCGGUUGCGGCGCCCCGGACGCAGCUGGUACCGAGGCCUCCUCCGGAGUUUUCUGGGCAGCGCGUCCCGUCGGCCGCUUUGCGUUUGGGCUCGGAGCCUUCGCUUAAACGCAGCUCGUCCAUGUUCAUACCGCAGCUCGCCCCCUACACCGAGCCGCGUCCCACCAAGAGCUCGUCCAUGCACAUCUCCCUGCAGCGCUCCGGCGGGUCAAGCAAUGGAGACACCAGCGGCCACGCUGACGACGUCCCGCCGCCGUGUUACACGCCUCCAGGACCGGCGCCGCCGUACGCCGAAGCGCAAGCAGAUUUUCUUCUACAGCCGCCGCCUCCGUACUACAGCCCAGACUCUUCAAACCCGCAGCCUUUUGUGACAGAGCCGAACCUACCCAAACGCAGGGUGUUUAGCAUUGGUUCCGGCGGCCACCCUAGGUACAGCAGAGGCCAACCCGGCGUCAGCGUUGGUGCCAUUUGCAUCCGUAGGAACUCGGAUGGCUCCGAUGUCCAGCACUUCAGAAUUCUGCCUUACGGUGGUGGUGCUGGCUGGUCCGUCCAGCAGCAGAGCAUCGACCAGGGCGACGGUGUCAACGGUGCAACCCAGAGGCUUGUGUUUCAGCUCCAGCAAAAUCACAACCAGGAUCAGCAGCAACAACAACAACAACAGGUUGCUGCAUCGCAGGACGAAUGCGCAGAUGUUGGCCGCGGCAGCCCAAGAGGUUGCCAUGCGGUGCGUUACCCCAGAAUCCGACUGCAGAGGAGCUCAUCUCACCAGAGGUUGUUGCGGGAUAACAAACAUCAGAAAGCUGGGGCAGACAGCCAGAUAAUAGAGGAGAAUCAGACAGACGUGGAGACGGAAGCCAGAAACCAAUCGAAUGGUUGCACUUUUAAGAUCGGUGGGGAAACACCCAGAAGGCAGCCACAUUUCAGGAUAUAUUUUACCCCGGGUGGAGUUGGAGAUCAGGAUAUUAUCCUUGGCGAUGACUCACAAACAAAUAAGGCUCCUUCCAAGAAUGGGCUUUUCCAUAUCGGACAGACUAGAGAUGAUUUCCUCGGACAGGUUGAUGUUCCUCUCAGCCAUUUGCCGACGGAGGACCCCGCCAUGGAGCGUCCCUACACAUUCAAAGACUUCCUUUUGCGACCAAGAAGUCACAAGUCCAGGGUGAAGGGUUACCUGCGCUUGAAGAUGGCCUAUCUGCCCAAGCAAGGAGGACACGAGGAGGAGGCUGGAGAGACGAGGGAGGAAGCUGAGGGCUGGGAUGAGUCUGCGGACUCGGGCAAUCAGCGGCCCCAGCAGCUGCAGCCGCCUUUGCCCGCAGGCUGGGAAGAAAAGGUGGACAACCUGGGACGCACCUACUACGUCAACCACAACAACCGCAGCACGCAGUGGAAACGCCCCUCCACCGUAGAUGUGAUUUCAGAGACCGAGAGCGACAAUCAACAGCGGCAAAUCCAUCAGGAGGCGCACCGCGUCUUCCGCUCGAGGCGCCACAUCAGCGAAGACCUGGAGAACGAACACAUUGAGCCCAGGGACAUUGACAACUCCUGGGAGCUCAUCACUGAAGAGGAGCCCAUCGACAGCGCCGCCCAGUCUCUGCCCGGCGCCUCCGCCGCCCUGACGCCGCAGCACCCGCCGACACCCGUCACCCAGGAGUUUUCUGAAGAUUUGAAUCUGAGGCUGUCGCUAACCCCCGACACUAACGGUGAAGUCCCAGGCCCUAGCUCCGCUCUGGGCCAGCUGUCCAACCGUCUCCGUUCCUCAAGCAUGACGGACGGCGUCAGCGACCAGGCUCAGGCUCCUCCUCUUAUGCAGAGUUCCCAGACCAGAAGAACGAGAGCUCAAACUGUCUCAGGUGGUGAGGAGACCAUGUCUCCCACACCGACUGCUUACUCCCUGACCACCCCCGGCCUGCCCCCUGGAUGGGAGGAGAGGAAGGACGCCAAGGGAAGAACUUAUUACGUCAACCAUAACAACCGCACCACUACUUGGACUAGGCCAAUUGUGCAGCUGACUGAAGACGGAGCCAGCACCUCUGCAGCAGCAGCAGCGACAGCAGCAGCAGCAGCAGCAUCAUCAUCGUCAGGGGGAGCGUCGGCCCUGCCACCCGCAUCCACCCCCUCCUCCUCUUCCAAUGCCUCCAACAACCACCUCCAUGAGCCCCAAGUCCGACGACCUCGUAGCCUCAGCUCCCCUACCGUCACCCUUUCCACCUCCUUCGAGGGAGCCAACAACAUCCAGGUGCGCAGGGCUGUGAAGGACACACUCUCAAACCCGCAGUCCCCCCAGCCGUCCCCUUACAGCUCGCCGAAGUCACAGCAUAAGACGCAGCAGAGCUUCCUGCCCCCGGGCUGGGAGAUGAGAAUAGCCCCGAACGGACGGCCGUUCUUCAUCGACCACAACAGCAGAAACACUACCUGGGAGGAUCCCAGGUUGAAAUAUCCAGUCCAUAUGAGGAAUAAGAACUCAAUGGAGCCCGGUGACCUCGGUCCUCUUCCUCACCUACCAGAGGAGCCUGGAUGGGAAGAAAGAGUUCACACAGACGGACGCACCUUCUACAUUGACCACAACACAAAGAACACGCAGUGGGAGGACCCUCGUCUCCAGAGCCCAGCUAUCACAGGACCUGCCGUUCCCUACUCCAGAGAGUUCAAGCAGAAAUAUGACUACUUCAGGAAGAAAUUAAAGAAGCCGGCUGACAUCCCCAACCGUUUCGAGAUGAAGCUUCACAGGAACAACAUCUUUGAAGAGUCGUACCGUCGGAUCAUGUCCCUAAAGAGGCCGGACGUUCUGAAAGCGCGGCUAUGGAUCGAGUUUGAAUCAGAGAAGGGACUGGACUACGGCGGUGUGGCCAGAGAGUGGUUCUUCCUCUUAUCCAAGGAGAUGUUCAAUCCUUACUACGGCCUGUUUGAAUACUCGGCCACGGACAACUACACACUCCAAAUCAAUCCCAACUCUGGCCUGUGCAACGAGGACCACCUCUCAUAUUUCAAGUUCAUCGGACGUGUAGCAGGAAUGGCCGUUUUUCAUGGAAAACUACUGGAUGGUUUUUUCAUCCGUCCGUUCUACAAGAUGAUGCUGGGAAAACAGAUUUCUCUCAAAGACAUGGAGUCUGUGGACAGCGAAUACUACAACUCCCUCAAGUGGAUUCUGGAAAACGAUCCCACUGAGCUGGAUCUGAGGUUUUGUAUUGACGAGGACAACUUUGGACAGACAUAUCAGGUCGACCUGAAGCCCAGCGGCUCUGACAUGGUGGUCACUAAUGAGAACAAGAAAGAAUACAUAGACCUGGUCAUCCAGUGGAGGUUUGUCAAUCGGGUCCAGAAGCAGAUGAACGCCUUCUUGGAGGGCUUCACUGAACUCAUUCAGAUAGAUCUGAUCAAGAUCUUUGAUGAAAAUGAACUGGAGCUGCUCAUGUGUGGUCUGGGUGACGUUGACGUCAACGACUGGAGACAACACACUGUUUACAAGAACGGCUACUGUCCCAACCAUCCGGUUAUACAGUGGUUCUGGAAGGUUGUCCUGUUGAUGGAUGCUGAAAAGAGAAUCCGACUCCUCCAGUUUGUUACGGGAACGUCACGAGUGCCCAUGAACGGCUUUGCCGAGCUGUACGGUUCUAAUGGUCCUCAGCUGUUCACAAUCGAACAGUGGGGAACACCAGAUAAGUUGCCGAGAGCUCACACAUGUUUCAACCGCUUGGAUCUGCCCACCUACGAAUCAUUUGAGGACCUGAGGGAGAAGCUCCUCAUGGCUGUGGAGAACGCGCAGGGCUUCGAGGGAGUCGACUAAAGCGCCGCCGCCUGACCGACCGCAUCCAACCACCCAACACUAAAAACAAAAGCCACGGGGAUGUGAAACCAGCUGCCGUAGCAGUUCUGUGCAAGCAUGUUGUACUGUAACGCCCGACCGCGAGCCGCCUCUGCAAACGCGGUGGUUUUCGAGACUGUACAGCGACUCGUCGAGCCAAUAUGCCUACGUCUUUAUAUCUUUUCCGUGUGGGUAGGUCACUCCUUCAAGGUGCUGGGGGAAGAGAGGGAGCGUUGCACUGUUUGAAUGCUUAUUAUCUGCAGGCAUGAGCAAUGAAUGACAGGAGCCCCCCUCCCCGAUUCCACUGUUUCUUUCCCCUCCCCCCUCGUCCUGUAAAAAAAUCUACAGUGCUGGAAAACACCAAUGCAUUUCAAUAGCUCCUCGAUAUACACUAUAGCACAGUAUUCGAGCACCCUUAAGUGGAAGGGUCCUUAGCAUGGCCUUGAUCUGGCUCCUACAUGCACUACGUCUCUGAGAAACUGCAAUGGCACUAUGAUCACAACUCUCACCAAUCCUUAGACCAACACCAGAUUACCUUAGGAAUUCUAGCCAAUCACAUUUCAGGAAAAAUCCGGCCACACCCCUCCUUAGAGCCUCGUGUGAUCAGAUACCGCCGCCGCUGCAGCCUUUUGUAGAAUACAGUUUCUUUUCUUUCUUUUUUUUUUUUUAGCUACUGGUAAGGAUUCAAGAAGUGGGGGAUCGAACACUCCACAAAGACGAUUUUUUUAAUUGUUUUUUUGUCUUCAUGGAACAGAUUUUCUUUUAAUCAUUGGUAUAACUCUUGCAGGAAAGUACUCUCAGUGUAUUUGUACUGAUGAACAACGUUCUUUACUACUUUGACAACUAUAUAUGACAUGGUGUGUGAAGUGCAAAUUCGGCUAGUCUGGGAAAAGCGAUUAAAUCACUUGUUACAGUGAUAGCAAAUGUGUUGAAUAAAAAUGUUUUUAUUGUAGUGAAAAGAGCAUGAAACUGUACCUUGUGUUUGCUUUGACUACAUAUUCAUUUGUAAUCAAGGUCGGGGGGAGGGCGGGGGGGUUAGUUUCUCUGAGACGUCAUGAUUAUAUUAAUAUCCUCACGCCUGUUGCUGUUCAUAAUGCUGUAAAAUGUUCUUGGAUGACAAAAGAAAAGAAGAAACAUUUUAAGUUCUUUCAUGAUAUAUAAAUAUAUGUACGUAUUACAUUUAACAGAAGUAUUACUGAUCAACAACACUAAGAUGAAGAUGUGUGUGUGAGUGUGUGUGUGUUUGUGUGUAUGUGUGUGUGUGUGUGCGCGCGGGUGUUUGAGAGAAAAGCUGUGAUUGCCACUGAAUAUAAAACAGCACGUUUCUUACAAAGAAAGAAAAAUGUGUUUUUUCUUUAUGUUCUCUUUCUCCUUUUUCUAACACUAUUGAACCUAAAGGGCACUUUAUAGAUCACUCUGAGGUCAUGCCGCCUGUCGUAUGUCUUGUCAUUUACUUGAAUGUGAUUCUUUUUUUUUUUUUUUUCAGAGCACUUACCUGGUGCAAUAUUAAUAGUCUGUAAAUCUGCUGCUAAGGUAGAAACACACGUGAAGCUGAGACUUCACACCCUUUAGUAUUGUCUGUUUUUACCUUUUCUCUGUUUCCUCCCUUGUGUUUCUUCCCACCCACCACUCAAACUGACUUGGUGCAGAUUAGUAAAUUUUCUUUUUUCUUUCUUUCUUUUUUUUUUUAAGUGGGCUUUCCUUUUUUAAUGAUUGAGGGGGUAAAAAAUAUCAUUUUUGUUAAAGAUUCCACCAGUUUCUGCAACUCUCUGUGGUUCAUUUAACUCCAGUCGAAUAAAAAUGAAACUUCUCAGA